GAUCCCAAACAAAGACGCUUCUUCAAGUCUAACGAUAUCUAUGAGCUCUUCACGCUGACUGACCCAGAUGGAGCUCAGGGAACAGAGACCAGUGCCAUAUUUGCAGGUACUGGCUCUGAUGUCAAAGCACCCAAGAAACCCGAGAGGCCGAGGUCCUCACACAAUGUGAGACACGGCAGCUCCGGGCUUAAACACUCCUCAGCAGACCAGAAUGAAGCUGGUUCAGACAGGAGACACUCCUCAGCAAACAUUCCUGCUGUAAGAGAUGGAAAAACAUCUCCGUGCAGUCAAAUCUCUCAGGGUAAAUCCAAUGACACGAUGGACACCCAAAGCGGUACGGGUGUAGAACCACAUCUUUCAGCAAAUGCUCAACAAACAGGACAGAAUAACUGUGACGCCGCCAAACACUCCAACACGCUGAGCUCUGAACAACACGGAGACUCUGCUCUAAGCAGCCCACAGAAACACAGAGAGAAGAGGAAGCACUGCGACUCCUCUGGCUCAGACAAACGCAAACAUAAGAAGAGAAAACACUCCAAGGAUGCUCGCUUUGAAGGCCACCGCAUCUCUCACUUGGUAAAGAAAAGGAACUUUAAUAAAGAGGUCGGUGAAGAGAACGAGGCCGACAACCCGAAGAAAUCAGACGAUUACGUCUUGGCAAAGCUCUUCAGGAAAUCUGGUAUCCACAGUGUGAUGCAGCAUGACGCCAUCAUAGAGUCCUCCAACCCUGACUACGUCCUGGUGGAGGCCGAAGCUAACAGGGUGGCCAAAGACGCCAUGAGAGCACUAAAGGUUUCUCGCCAGAAGUGCAGGCUGCCGUUCAACAGACCCCCUCCUCCACCUGCAAGGAAACGGUUUGGACAAAAGAAGAAUUCUCUCCUGGUUGAUAAUUCAGUCAAAUCCGUCUCUACAUCAAGCAAAUGCAAGGAUGCUGCUAUUAUAAAGAAGUCUGUUUCAAAGAAGCCAGGAUCAGCAGCUCUUUUCAGCGGGAGGCGGCAGAGAGCGAACCAAACUCCGCCCCGCUCUCCUCCUCCUCCCUGCUGGCCAAGAUGA